CAAUUUCGGCCAGUGAGCGCCCCGUCAAAACGCCACGUGGGUCUCUCUUGUUUGCUGCAGUCAUUCGCGACAGAUGCCAGAAUCAUCCAUCACGCCAUGCGCCAAUCGAGAAAGAAGUGCGAAAGUGGAAUAUUCAGACCUCGAGCGAUCAAUGCCUCUGGGAAGAAUCUCUAAAUUAUUCAACGAGCUUAAAGUAAAAGCAAGAAAGACAGAGGCCGAGAGCAACACGCCGCCCAAAUCGACAGCUGCAGGGACCUCCGCACCUUCCGCGCCCAACUUCGUCAUGGGAGCCGCUCUUUCCCCUGGCGCUGUUCGCCUUACGGUACCGUCUUCCAACGGCGUUCUACGGCCCGUCAACGGCGAAUGGUAUUUUGACGACAUUGAUGCCCAAGCUGCCGACACGGGCGACCGGCGGUUCCACCAAUGGCUCAUAGCCCGUCCGCCGGGCGCACCGGCCGACGUAUUCGUGCUUUGCAAUCUGCAGACCGGGACAUACGCUGGGGUCUGGCGUGAUGAAUGGGGGACUGGUAGCCACCGCGUCAAAUGUUCCCCGGGCCAUCUGCAAGCCGCAAACAUUCAAUUCCGCGUCGAGAGUGCGAAUGAUCCCAAUGACGAUAAACUUGUCCGCUUUGUGUGGCGCGGAGAUGAGAGUAAGGUGCUCAUGCGAAAGCCUGACAAGGACAGUAUCGCGGUACGUCAAGUUGGUGAUGAGGAUGCGGGCGCCAAAACCUUCAGAUGCGAGGACAUUCAGUACGACUACGAGACUUUCCCCGAUUGGAUGAGCAGGCUGCCGGAUGACAUCGCUUUGCAUCAUGUCAAUCUACCUUCCACUCAUCAAACGCUCGCACUGCAUGGUAUUGGUCGCGUGAGACCUGACCUAGGUUGGACUGGCAACAAUGACGACGUUACUCGUCCUUGGGGCCCUCUACCCGUGUUCAUCGAUAAUCCUCGCUGCCAGGACGUCUCUUUAUGGGAACAGCUUCAGAUGGGUGUGCGCUCACUGGAUAUUCGCCUGGACCUCAACAAACUUCCAGUACUUCGCCGUGAGGACGACGGCAGCACGCACGAAGAGGGGCGGUACUUCCUGUACGCACGUCAUGGUCUUGCAGAAAUGGGUCAUUCCUGGAGUGCCGUCUUGCUGAUACUACAAUCAUUCCUCCGUGCAAACACGGGCGAAACAGUAAUUGUCAAUGCGCGUUACGAAAAGGCAACACCAGGCUCGAGGGAUCGGUGGACUGACUGGCUGGCUGCCUUCGUCGACGAAACCAGGCCGUUCUGGGAGGACCAUCCCGAUCAGCCAGCAACGGUAUACAAAUGGUGGGAAGAUGGCUCGAAGGUCAUGAACGACUUACAGCUCCAUGAAGUGAGAGGCAAGAUUAUCCUCACAACUGAUGGUGACUACAUGCCGGCAGAUGAGGCUGACGGUAGAAAUCGGGGUAUGCGUUUCUUCCCUCGAGACAUGGUCGCUGUGGGGAAGUAUGACAGCAAGCGCGACGAGUGGCCUCAGCAGCUUUCCUCCGACCAGUCUAAACGUCUCGGGACUACCUGAUCCGCUCGGCUUUGCCAUCACAUUGCAGGGAAUCUUCACGAACAACCCGCUCCACCUCGUGCGAAAUGUCA